AUGGAACCGACAACACAGAAAAUCCAGAUAGACGAAAGAAAAUUCGUCUCUUACAGCGAAGUACUUACUGGUGGUGAGCGCACUCUACCGGCGGGUCCUGGAAGCAAGACGAUGAUGAACCGAGAGCAACUCGAAGAAUUGGUAAAACAUCUUUCUUGGAAAACCAGAGCAGAGCUUUGUGAGAUGGAACGUAGCUUGCAGGGGCAUCUCGAGGGGCUCAGGAAGAGACUAGAAGAAUUGGAGUCCCCAAGGGGGGGCGAAGGGUACAAGAAUCCUUACUUCCCAUUUGCGGAAGUCGAACAGGAUCGCCAAAGACACAACGCGAAAACACAAACAAAGCUCGAAGUUACCGCUAUUUUAGCACGCUUGGGUCUGAUUCAGUUUGCACUCCACAGUGAUCUUGAACCACUCAAAAACAUUACCCGUGAAUCAUUGAGAUUCUGGAUUACCAUCGACAAAAGCCUAAAAUACACAGAGAUCCCGGAAGCUAUCUACAGGCUAUCUGUGGCCCUCGAACGCUGGGGCCUUACAAAAAACAAGCAUUUCCAACCUCUCUUGGCAAACUCGGAAUUCAAACGCCUAUUUGGAGAGGAUGGACUUAUCACGGAUCGGGCAAAGUUGCCCAAAUCAGUGAAAGAUUGUAUUGUUUACUUGGAAUAUCUAGUUGGCCGUGACAUUCCAGAACUUCGCAAUGCAAUCCCUCUUGCGCAGGAACUAGCUGCGAUGCACGGCAGGCUGGCGAGAAAGGAGACCACGGAGGAGGACCUGGAACACCAAGACGCCCUGAAACAAGAUGGCAAUAAGAUCAAGGAAAUCAAAACAGUCUUAAAAGGCCAGUACCGCCAAGCGUUCCAACAAGCGGUCGAAAAGAAGCACGCAGAACUUCAAGGAAUUCUAGACGCAAGUUUUGUAGUCUACCAAGCCGAAUGGGCGCAGAAAAACGAACUCCAAGGCCGUCUUCGCGAAACCGUAGACAAAAUGAAGGCUAACGAUGACGAAAUGAAGGCGAUGGAUGCCCAAAUGAAGGCGAUGGAUGCCCAAAUGAAGGUGAUGGAUGCCCAAAUGAAGGCGAAGGAUGCCCAAAUGAAGGCGAAGGAUGCCCAAAUGAAGGCGAAGGACACGCUCAUCGUAGACCUCCAAGCAGCAUGCCCUAAUUCGCCUGCUCCCUUCGCUUUUCCUGUCGGCGAUGGUAAUGGAGAUGGACUAGUAGCAGAAGUCCCCGCCAAUAUCAAUGCUUUGAAGCGUGCUCCUGCCCCUCAGGACGAUCCCGCUGGACAAAAGCGUCACCGACCGAUUUGA